AUGUCUAGAAUUUUAUCAUCUGCUAAGCCCAUUCAAGGCAUAGGCUACGAUCCUCUUAUUGGCCCCCAGCGGGUUGAAGAAGUAGAAGCAUCUGCGAAUAAUAGCACGUCUGUCGAUCAUGUUACACCCCCAAAUUUCAAUUACGAUCGAAACCUGCAUAGGAUGAAACACGAUGUGUCUCUAAGUUCCUUCAGUUUUCUGUUUUGUGAACUUGUCAGUUGGUCAAGGGAACGUGCGAAUGGUAUUCAAGAACUGGAAAAACGCCUCAAUGGUCUUGGUUAUACGAUAGGUCUUAAAUAUCUAGAACUUCUAGGGCUGAGAGAAAAUUACAUUACCAAUACAACCACAAGCAAGAAUGGACUAAAUAGGGACAUCAAGAUUAUCCAGAUGUUGGAAUUUAUACAUACCACGUUUUGGAAGGCUUUAUUUGGGAAAACAGCGGACAAUUUGGAAAGGUCCCAAGAUAAUGUUUGCAAUUACAUGAUUACUGACAAUGACCCAUUAGCAAACAGAUAUAUAAGUGUUCCUAGUGAGUUCCAGAACUUCAACUGCAGUGCAUUUGUUGCUGGUAUCAUAGAAGGGAUGCUAGAUUCAGCAUAUUUCCAGGCGGAUGUUUCUGCUCAUACUGUCGAGACCAAGGAAAACCCCAAUCGAACUGUCUUCCUUAUUCAGUUUGACGAGGCGGUUAUCAAACGAGAACAAAUCAGAUUUGGAAGUUAA